CUGAUUGGACGGACGGAUAAUCCCGGCGGGCCGCGUGCUCCUACUAACUUGCUGGCAGGGCAGAGCGCCAGUCACAAUCUGCCCAAGGCGAGGGAGGGCACAGAAGACGCGCGAGAGGAAAAGCGCUUUACAAAGGGGACGCGAGCGCUCCGAAUCUGCUCUGGAAGAGAGAAAAUGAACGUCAGCGAUGAGAAUCUGCUCAAGUCAAUCAGCAACGACGCGCUCCUGGACCUGACGCAGCGCUACGGCCAGUCUGCGUUCGGCUUUGGCGCUGGCCAUGGUGCUGGGAGCCCCGGCCGGUUCCCUCUCACGCCGACCACAGACUUCCUCUCCGGGCAGACGGCGAAGUCCAACGAGAGCGGCGGAGAGCACACGAGCGACGACGAGGACGCGUUCGACUCUCUGGAGUCCCGCAAGAGGGGCUCCCCGUUUGGGGACGACAAGCCCGGGGGCCCACUCGCCAAAAAGUCCAAGGAGCAGAGGUCCCUUCGGCUCAGCAUCAACGCCCGGGAGAGGAGGAGGAUGCAUGACCUGAACGACGCGCUGGACGGUCUGCGCGCCGUUAUUCCCUACGCCCACAGCCCCUCGGUGAGAAAACUCUCCAAAAUAGCCACUCUUCUCUUGGCCAAGAACUAUAUCCUCAUGCAGGCUCAGGCUCUGGAGGAGAUGAGGCGGCUGGUGGCGUAUCUAAACCAGGGACAGACCAUAACUUCGCCAAUCCCCACCGCCCUGGCGCCCUUUGGACAGGCUGCCGUCUACCCCUUCUCGGGUUCCGCACUCGCCACCUGUGCCGAAAAGUGCAGUACUUAUUCCGGGGCCCCGUCGAGCCUCUUCAAACACUGCAACGACAAGCCUUGA